AUGACUUAUGUUCCCACCCUUGUGAAUCAACGUGACUUUGGUUACAUGUCUGUUCCUCCAAAAUUUAAACCCAAAGACUUUGGAACUCCAGGAGCCACACCUGAAGCUCCUGAGAUUGUAACUGAUCUAGUAAAACCAGAGGUUCAAUGGACUGAUGAUGAGCGUAAGCUGGUCAAUCUUGACUCCAAACUUAAGAACAUGAUUGUCACCACUCUCCUUACUGACAUCAUGAAGCUCAUCAUUAAAUAUCCCUCUUCAAAAGAAAUUUGGGAUAUACUGUGCAGCAUGUACGAAGGUUCUGUUGACACAAUCAAGACCAAGAAAAUAGACCUUAAACGGGCCUAUGAAAACUUCUUUUCCCUUCCUGAUGAAAGUCUCAACAGCACUUAUACCCGGUUAAAAAGGUUGCUGAAUGACAUAACAAAUGUUGGCAUAACUCAUGAUAACUUUGAAGUGUGCCACAAAUUCAUUGAUAGUCUACCUCUUAAAUGGCAGAAUUUGAGGCAAAUCCUUCGCACCACAACGCAGAUUCAAGAGUAUGAUCUUGAGGAACUCUUUGGUGUUCUUCAACUUGAAGAAAAGGUUUUGGCUCAAAAUAUACGAGCUGCUGCUGAUGCUCUUAGACAUGUUGGUCCCUCUUCUUCUUCUUCUUCUUCUUCCAGCAUACCUGCUUAUUCUGUCACUAACCCUCUUGCACUAGUCUCUGCUGAGCCCAUCAAUCUCAAUGAUGGUGCCAGCACCUCUAAUCUUCCUGCUCCUAUUCAGUCUCUUGUUGACGAGCUUGAUGUUGAUGAAAAACAAGAGAUGUUUAGUAACUUCAUGGAUUUUGCCCUCCUUGAUGGAAAGAAAUAUUCCAGAAAAUGGAACAAUCGUAAGUCGAUUGCUUCCUUUAAACCUCCUGUUGACAAAUCACAGGAGGAAUGCUGGAGGUGUGGCAGAAAAGGCCAUUACCAAAAGAAGUGCAAGAGGAAGUCAAAAAUACUAGCAAAAGGGCUGGUGGCUGAAGAACAUGAUUGGGCUGACUCUGAUGAGUCUGAUGAUGAAGAGUAUGUGGAUGCAAUGUGCUUGAUGGCACUUGCUGAUGGUGAUGCACUGACAAAAGACCAAGUCUCCUCUAGUCAAUGGGUGAAUGUCACUGUCAAAAAGGUAAAAAUAAAGAUUGAACAAGAAUUGGUAAAGAAACGGAUCAAAAACAAGUCAAACGGAAAAGAAAAUCAAAACUGCACUAAAGGACAAAACAGGAAGGACCUCGAUAGAGGGAUCCUGACCUCGUUAGAGGAGGACCUCGACAGAGGGAGGUAG